GUUGGAGUCGAUUGUGGAGGGUGAGGACUCAGGGCCAGGCCUAGAAGGCGACCCUUAUCCCUUACGAACUGUUGGCAUCCACCGAGGUGAACGAGGCUAUGGUGUAACCGUUUCAGGAGAAAGUCCUGUUAUUGUACAAGAUGUAAAAGAUGGAGGGCCUGCGGCACUAGCAGGGGUUAAGAAAGGAGACUCCAUCAUCAAAGUAAAUGGUAAUCUGGUGUCACAAGUCAACCAUAAAGAAGUUGUGGAAAUUAUUAAAUCAACACAAUAUGUGAAGCUUACGUUAAGAAGUUGUCCCGAAGGUGAGGUGCCAAACCUCACCUCUCCUCAAGACACUUCCCACAGACCUCUUCCACCUACACCGUCUUCCAAGUCGAACGAGCGCAUCACAGCUCCUUUGCCAGUUAAUACACAGUUACAAAAUCAAAUGGAAAUGAACAAAGGGAAGAUGCUUACCAUGUACCUAGACAAACAGCGCAGAGUGCGCGACAACAUAAUUGUUGAGCUGCAGAGAGGCCCUUCAAAGGUUUUGCAGAGAAAUCUUGAGAAGGAGUUGGAUUCUAUAAACCGUCAAAUUGCCAAAAUACAGGAGGAACUCAAGAAUAUGAAAGACAUUGAAGCUCAAUUACAUUCGCACCCGCGCUCCUCUCCUCGCUCUCCUCCCCUCUCCCGUCCAUCUUUCUCUCACCCACAUAGCCAACUCUCCCACCAUCAGACACACACCCGCUCUGUGUCUGAGAUUCCCCCUCCUCUUCCUGCCCGAAGCCGCUCCUUAGUGUCCCAGAUAUCUGCUCCUAAUAUCUCUGGCUCCUUUGCCUCCCUUACCUGUGCCCCGCCUCUACCCCCACGUCCCCCCCACCUGGAGAGGGUUGGGGAGGGAGGCCUAGCACAAAGUCUAGAGAACAUACAUAAGGUGCAGAGUCUCUCUCAUUCGGCAAGUUCAGUGUCAGAACCUGGUAGCCGGCCAACAUCGCACUGCAGAACCAAGUCAAGCCCCGAUCCCCUAGGUCUUCACAGUAGUCCAGGUCCUUGCAGAUUAAGUGGAAGUGACUCGGUCAGUGACUUAAGCCAGACAGGAUCAAAUACAAAUCGCAGUAAGGUAUCUUCUGUGUAUAGUGAAGACAUGGUUCAGGGAGAGCCUCCAGGAACCCCCCCUCCACCAUAUGGCUACUUACCUGCAGAUGAAGCAGAUGAAAAUUAUUCAGUAAUCAUGGAUGAUCAAUCACCACGCCAACAGCACCAACGCCGCCCCGACCGCCAACGCCAACAGCCACGCGGCCUCCUCCACCACCUCCUCCAGCACGGGCUUGGAGGUCGCCAACAAUGGCUCCGAGAACCUCGACGAGUACGGCUCGCCGGACUCCUCCAGCACCAACGUCUGCUCCACCGACAGCGCCAGCGCUGCCGUGUCCAAUACCUUGAGGUUUCUCCAGUCCGCGUGGUCUUCCCAAUCUGAAUUACUACCCCUGGCUGCUCUCAGCAAACAUAAUCUCCCGAAGAAGAAGUCAAGCACGUCAAUCAACAGAUCGGAGAGCUGCAAGGAGAAGCAGCACGCGAGGAAGCGGCCGAGAGAAAGCCGAAAGCACAGUGACCCAAACAUUCCCACCUCCAAGUCUGGUGAUGUUGACGCGGAGUCAGGCCUCAUCUCGGGGAACUCGGGCAGUUCCUCAAACUCAAGUCUUUCACCAAGCCAGGAGAGUCCGAGCACGUCCCUGGAGCACGUGUCUCGGGCGGACGUGCCCCUGCCCGCGCCCGUGCUGGAGAACGACUCCGACAUCGAGGCGGAGCUGGACCUCCCCAACUGGCAGAAACUAGUCUCGCACGACCAAAUCAAGCGACUCAAGCCCAAGGAACGCAAGAGGCAGGAUACUAUAAAUGACACUGAACGGACGCAUGUACGGGUCCUGAAAGUUUUAAAACACCUUUUCCACCUGCCUAUGCUGGAGGCAGGAAUUUUAUCCAAAGAGCAAUCUGAAAUGCUUUUCCCUAACAUUGACCAAGUCCUGGAGAUCCACACAACCUUCAACCAGGCUAUGAAGAAGAGAAGAGAAGAGGAGCCACUCGUCAACAGAGUUGGAGAUCUUCUUGUCAAUAUGUUUGAUGGAGAGCAAGGAGAGCACUUCCAGCAACAGGCGGCAGAAUUUAUUCGGAUGCAGGGUAUAGCUUUAGAGAACCUUAAACAGAAGCAGAAGAGAGAUCAGAGACUCUCAGCAUUCCUCCAGGAGCAAGAAAACAACCCAGCAUGCCGAAGACUUCAACUCAAGGAUAUGCUGCCUGCGGGCUUCCAGAGGUUAUCAAAGUACCCUUUACUGAUUGAGUCUCUAUUAGCAUAUACUGACAGUAACAAACAACCUGAAGAAUAUGAACAAAUCUCUCGAUCUCUGGAAAGAUCAAAGGAGAUUCUAGCCUAUGUAAAUGCCGCAGUUCAGGAAGCAGAAAAUAACCAGAAACUAAGUGAGAUACAACGGAGACUUGACCAAUCAUCGCUUGCAAAGAACAAGCAUGGACACUCUGAUGAGUUAAGAGGCAAUCUGGACCUAACUAAACACAAGCUCAUUUAUGAGGGUCCUUUGACCUGGAGAAUUGCCAAGGGUCAGAAGAAUAUAGAUCUUCAUGUACUUCUUCUAGAUGAGUUUAUAGUUCUUCUACAAAAAGCAGAUGACAAAUAUAUUUUGAAGAACCACUCCAUCAACAAGUCACUUGGGAAGGACGACAACAAAUUGACUCACUCUCCGAUCAUCAAGUAUGGACCAUCAAUGCUCUUCCGAGCUGUGGCAACAGACCGAUGUGCAUUCUUCAUAGUCACAACCCAGUCGGGGGGAGCGCACAUCUACGAGCUGGUCACCAUUUCUGCAAAUGAACGGAAGGUGUAAGUACCCCUUUUUGCAAUAUUCUCCUGGUGUUCCUUGGCUGCAGUCAGUCAAAGACGGGUAUUUUUAGAAUUGCGUGUUUAAGAGCUUGAGGAGUGACCAGUGAUUAUUCUGUAAAAGUGAAUGAAAGGUAAGUGUGGUAAUUCUGUUAAGGGAUUAGGAGAGGGAUGAAUAUAUACACAGUGUGAGAUUUUGUCAAGUUCAGUUUUCAUUAGCCAUUAACUCUUUUAAGAUCUGUACGCAAAUUCGGUACGUUUUUUUUUUUUUUUUGAGU